UUCUCAGAAUUUUAAAAUAGCAAUACAUUUAAAAUUAUACGUGGUAGGUUAAAGGCAUUAAUAUAAUUAUUUUGUACCUUAGAUAUAAUCAAAAGUCCGAUGAGCUGGACAUGGUGCUGCCCAUCUAUAUUGUGACUUCAAGGGCAGCCUCAAGACACCGUCUCAAAAACAAAACAACACAACACUCUGGGAUGCCCAUACCUUUGUCUAAAUCUCCAAGUGUUCUCAGUUUUUACUCUGUGCUGGCAAGAUAUACUCAAUUAUUAAUUUGGCAGCAGUAUGUAAGAUGUAGUUUCGAUUUGUUGCUGUUGAGCGUGGGGGCAGGUGGAUCUCGGUAGAGCGAGGUUGCUGGACUCUCCCGCUCAUACUACUCGGCCUUCAGGGCUGGCUCCGUCCCACGUGGCCCUUCGCGGCACCCGUCGGGCCCCUGGGUGGAGUCAUUACGUCACGCCGAAACCACCCGGGAAGAAGUUAGACGAGACGCGAGGCCAUCUUAACCGCCAUGCCCAAGAAUAAAGGUAAAGGCGGUAAAAACAGACGCAGAGGUAAGAAUGAGAAUGACUCUGAAAAAAGGGAAUUGGUGUUCAAAGAGGAUGGGCAAGAAUAUGCUCAGGUAGUGAAGAUGCUGGGAAAUGGACGAUUAGAAGCGAUGUGUUUCGAUGGCGUGAAGAGAUUAUGCCACAUCAGAGGCAAGUUGAGAAAAAAGGUUUGGAUAAAUACCUCAGACAUCAUAUUGGUUGGUCUCCGUGACUACCAGGAUAACAAAGCUGAUGUGAUUCUAAAGUACAACGCGGAUGAAGCAAGAAGUCUGAAAGCGUAUGGCGAGCUUCCUGAGCACGCAAAGAUCCAUGAAACUGACACAUUUGGUCCUGGAGACGAUGACGAAAUUCAGUUUGAUGAUAUUGGAGAUGAUAAUGAAGACAUUGACGAUAUCUAAAUUGAACCCAACACUUUACAUUCAGUUUUUCGGAAGAUUGUCCUGCAGUUUGGAUUUUGGCAGUAACCCUCCAAGAAGUUUUCAUUAGCAGGAUUGUAAUUUAUUAAGGCAGUUUGAUUUGGUUCUAAGGUAUUUGUUUCUGUUAAAACUGUUAAUGCUGAAUUAUCUUAAGUGAAAUGUCAAGCCCACUUUGUUCAAGACUGUGUAUUUCAAAAAUUAGUGCAUUACUGCCUUUCCUACGUUGAUCACUUCCAGAAAGUAAAUGGAUGUUCUGAACGAACCAUUUGCCCUGUGUUCAUUAUAGCUUGUGAUUAACUCCUACUUUUUGACUAACCUAUAGACUAUACAGAAUCUUUCUGCAUAUUCUGGUUACCUAGAUGUUCCUUCGAGAUUUUGAAGGAGGCCUAAAUCUGCAUUUGAAUUAAAAAAAAUAGUAGGUUUGUUUUCCAUAUAUUAAGUAGCAUGUGGCUGUUUGAUAUCAUUACAUUAUUUUCAUAAUUUUACUUUACCAUCAUACACGUCUGGGCUGGGGGAAAUAUUUCCCAGAUAUAGUUUUUAGAACCAGAGUUGUUUGUUUGUCAGGCUGGUUUUGAGCUCACUUUAUAGCCUAGGCUGGCCUGGAACUGCAACGAUUCUCCUGCCUCAGCCUCCCGAGUUCUGGGAUUAUAGGCGGGUGCCCUCAUGCCCAGCUCACCUGAAUUUUAAUACCAGUUUUAAAAUUGUAAGGGUAGUUGCAGAAAUUAAACGCUAGGUGGCACCCAUUUAUUUUUAACAGUGGAAAUAUUCAUACAGUUGUUGGGUUUUUUUUUUUUUAAUUACUGUGCAUGGAAAAUUUUCCAAACAAGAAAAUAUUGUUUUGAUCAUAUGUAUGUAGGCUAUUUUUAUGGGGAGAAAUAUUUGCUUACAAAUGUUAUUUUCAGAAGUCAUGCGUGUAGUUACAAUUGUGAAUGCUUUAUAAACAUUUUGCUAAGGACUAGGGGUGUAGCUCAGUGAAAAGUCUCCAGGGUCAAUCUUCAGUACAGUACUGGGAGAAAAAACGAUGGUCUCUAAUUUCUGAAUGGAAGAGAGGGCGACUG